CCCGCAUUAUGUAAACCCCUAAAAUUUUGGAUUAUGGGCGCACAACAAACCAAAGAGCGUCCGCGUCGUACAAAUCAGCCGAAAUCUGACCAUGAAUUACAAAUAAAUACAUCUACAUCUUGGAUUCCAGAUCACAACCCUACAACAAACUUCAAAGGCUCUUCUGUAGCACACAUAGCCCACAUAAAUCAACCAAGUGACCAACUGCUGAUAGCUUUGUUUGAUUUUAUCCCACCAACUACAUUGGAAAAUCAGUCUCAAAUUAGGGUAGAGAAAGGUGAUCAAUUACAGCUGUUUGGCUACAGUGCAGAUGGUGAUUGGUCAGAUGUUGAAUGUAAAAGAACUAAUGAACGUGGUUGGAUACCAACAAACUAUACGGGUCGUAUUCCUGCUCCUUCUAAUGAUCACGGUACUAAUUUAAAUACUGGAUCAACCUCCGGGAGUUCACUCACUUUCCAACAUACUAGCAGUCACGAUGUUAGUUGUAAUGGUAGUCAAGGAAGUUUAGCUGGAGUAGGAUUAGAAUCAGAAAAAUGGUAUCAUGGUGCUAUUCAACGAAGUUAUGCAGAAUAUCUACUCAACAGUGGAAUUACAGGAAGUUUUCUUAUUCGAGAAUCAGAAAGUCAUCCAGGUCAGCUUACCAUAAGUCUCCGUUAUGAAGGACAGAUAUGGCAUUAUCGUAUCCAUCGUGAUGAUUCAAACCUGUAUUACGUCAUUGAGUCCAACAAGUUUACUUCAGUCUCUGAUCUUGUGCAUCAUCAUGAGAGGCAUUCCGAUGGUUUGGCUUGUACAUUAUUGUAUCCAGCACCUAAAAGAGAUAGAACAAGUUCGGAGUUACGUAUGGAUCCUAGUUUCGAUAUACGUGAGAUAGAUCGAACUGAAAUAGUUAUGAAGCAUAAAUUAGGAUCCGGGCAGUACGGUGUGGUGUAUGAGGCUCUAUGGAAACCUUAUAAUGUAUUAGUUGCAGUAAAAACACUGAAGGAAUGUGUCACCGUUUGUGAUGAAUUUUUAGAAGAGGCUCGUUUGAUGAAAAGCCUAAGACAUCCAAAUCUUGUAACUUUGUUAGGUGCAUGUACUCGGGAACCACCUUAUUAUAUUGUUACCGAGUUUAUGUGUAAUGGCAAUUUGUUAGAUUAUUUACGUACACAUCCUAAGACCGAAUUAACACCUUCAGUUUUAUUGCAUAUGGCAACUCAAGUCGCUAGAGGUAUGGCUUAUUUGGAACAACACAAUUUUAUACAUCGUGAUUUAGCAGCUCGCAAUUGUUUAGUUGGCUCACAGCAUACUAUUAAAGUUGCAGAUUUUGGUUUAGCUCGUUGUAUAGAACGUGAUCUUACUUAUCGAGCUCAUGAAGGCGCUAAAUUUCCCAUAAAAUGGACAGCACCAGAAGGUUUAGUCUAUAAUUUAUUUUCAACUAAAUCAGAUGUAUGGGCAUUUGGUAUAUUAUUAUGGGAAAUUGCUACCUAUGGGAAAACACCGUAUCCAGGUGUCGAAUUACAAGAUGUUUAUGUUUUAUUAGAAAGAGGUACACGAAUGCUUUGUCCUGAAGGUUGUCCUGAGCCAGUUUAUGAGCUUAUGUUACAAUGUUGGCAAUGGCUUCCAGAACAACGUCCACCAUUUUCUGAUAUAUUAAAUCAAUUAGAAUCAAUGUCAACUAAUUCUACAAUUGAUGAACAAAUCAGUUCUGAUGUAACUUCUAAUUUAUCAUCAUCAUUAUUAAUUAAUAAUGAAAUGAAAUUGUUUAAUUCAAGUGAAUCAAAUAGAUUCAUUAAACGUACACCUAAUCAUCCAUUACCUCGUCCACCAUUACCGCCUAGACCACCACCGCCAAGACGUAGUACCAGUUGUGAUUAUUUAAUUGAAGAAAAUGAUGAUAAUCAAUCUGAUGUAAUUAAAGAGGAUUGUAAAUCUGAUUUAGGCAGUGAUGUGCCAAUAAAUGCUAGAAAUAUUAAUAAUACUAAUCAAAAAUCUCAUGGAAAUAUAUUUACAAAAAGUUUUAAAAAUUCCCUUUCAAAACAAUUACAUAUUGAUGAUUUAAGUACUGAUGAGUUUGGUACUGCUGAAAAAAAUCCACCAUUUACUAAUUCCGGAUCUCUCGGGCGUAAAAGAACUGCACCACGACCACCGAGACGUACUACACCAGUUAAACCUUUAAAUUUCCCUGCCGAUUUGAAUUCAUUAGAAGAUGAUAAUACCAAUAUCACUGGUUGUAUUCGAUCAAAUUCAUUUUGGGAUGAAUUCGAUCAUGCACCACUUCCACCACCACCUCCACCAAUCCACCUUGAUCCUAGUCACGAUCAACAAAUGCAUCAAUCUCGAUCACAACAACAACAACACCAUCCUCGUCUAGCACCACAGUCUAAUAAUAAUAAUAAUGGUUCAUUAGUAAAUCACUCAAAUUCAACACCAUUUUCAAUGCCAUCAGUUAUGAGUAGCUCUGCAAUUUUCCCGUCUUCUGGUCAAUUUUCAUAUGUGGAUCCUAUACCAUUAGAUAACAGCCUGACAAGAUCAGCUUGUCCUGACCGUCUAGUAUCACCACUCUCUCCUUCCGUAUCAAACAAACACGUUCAGCUUUCUUCAAAGUCAUCAGCUUUAUCAAAAUCUACUGUAAAUUCAGAUUUAUCAGACAAAAUCAAUUCCGUUACAAAUCAUUUUCAUAAUAAGCGCAGAAUAGAUUGUAAUUUUAUUAACGAAUCUCAUUCAGGGAAUAAUGUUUCUUCUAAACAAAAUGUUCAUCCUACCAAUGCUGCAUCAUCUAUUUUUCAGGAGGAAUUACGAGAUAGAAUAAAGCAACAUUCUCAGCAACUCAAAGGUUCAUCUCAACUGAAACCGAUUACACCUAAAACUAUAUCAAACAAUUCACCUAGUAGUAAUGUUGCGAAUUCACUCUUGUGUAAUCAGGAAAAAACUGAUUCGAAACCAUCAGUUUCUAACUCUUCUCCUUAUUUCACCAUCCCUCGAUCGAAACCAACACCAAAUUCUACAAAUUCACCUCGAUUACCUUCAAAUAACGCUUCUGGAUCUAGUAACAAUCAAAUUCCAACACGUGGUAAAGUGGAACCUCCACGUUAUCCUUCAGAAUUGAUUCGAUCACUUGCAUCGACUCAGAUCAAAAAUGAUAAUACUUCCAAUUCAACUGUUAUUACAGUCAACAAGUUGCUCACAAAUAGCAAUAGUAAUAAUAAUAAUAAUACUAAUAAUAAUAAUAGUAAUGGUAAUAAUAACAAUAAUUUUCCAAAACCUCAAUACAAAAGAUCUGAAAAUGAAAUCUCUGAUAAAUUACCUGACAUGAUACAAAAACGUUUAAGUUGGACUGGUCCAACUGAUGAUAGUUCAACUGGUAAUCAGAAACGAUCUCAACGAUUAUAUUUACCUACUAUAUUUUCUACAUCAUCUACAGCGUUGGAUGAAACUGACGGUAAUAAUCAUUAUGCUCCACCAACAAAAAAUCAUUUAAAAAAGCAUUUAUCAACUAUUUUAGAAGAGUUAGAACGUUUAAUUCGAUUGAAUGAUAAAAAAUUUCCUGAAAAAACUACUUCCUCUUCCUCCUCCACUACCAUUUCAUCGUCAUUACCGUCUACAUCAAAUCUGGAACAAUUAAUUGAAUUGGCAGAUCAAAUGGAAGCAUGUCGACUUAGUUGUUCUGCUUACAUUGAUCAGGCUACAUGUUCAGCUCGAGCAAAAUUUAAUUUUCGUGAUCGAUUUGCAUGUCUACAAACAUUUAGCAAUUUAUUACGUUCUAAAAAACUAGAUUCUACUUGUAACAAUAAUACUAAUAAUAAUAAUAAUACUUGUAAGUUAAAGGAUGCAAAAAAUGCUAUCAAAGAAAUAAUUAGCGAUUUAGACAAACUAACAGAUAGCGUCAAUGCAACAUCAACACUGGAAACUACAUUGACUAAUUCGAAUUUAGCAGCAUCUAAUCAGUCCAAUUUAACUUGUACAGAAAAUCUUAGUAUUACUGACAAUAGAAGCGCUACAAUUUUCACUUGAUUUAUUCACAUCUAUGUGCAUAUUAUUAUUACCAUUAUUAUUAUUAUUAUUCCUGGUUAAUAUUUUGAAGUGUUACAUCGAAAUUGAUGGUGUACCUGUUUUCAACACGUAUGCGGUGACAAAUACUAAUGAAGAUGAUGAU